AUGGUAGUAGACGCUUGGGUUAAAGACAUGGAAAAGAUUUUUCGUGCCCUACCCUGCACCAAGAGACAAAAGGUAACUUUCGCCACUUUCACUUUCAAAGACAAUGCACAGGAAUUGUGGCUUCUCACUCUGGCCAAAGAAGAAAUUACGACUUGGGCAAGAUUUUUGGAAGUAUUCUACGAAAAAUACUUUCCAGAUUCAUUGCGGGAACAGAAGGCAUCCGAAUUCAUACAUCUUAAGCAAAGAACCAUGACGGUGGCCGAAUAUGAGAGCAAGUUCACACAACUCGCUCGGUUUGCAACAUACGUCAUCCCCAAUGAAACUCGAAAAGCAAGAAAAUUUGAAGCAGGAUUGGAUGCUGGAAUUAAGGACAGACUUGAGGUCUUGAAAUUACUAACCUAUGCAGAAGUGGUGGACCGAGCGUACAUAGCAGAAAGGGGAAUUAAAGCCUCACGUUCCGGAGAACCAAGCUACAAGAAGCGAUUCUAG